AUGUUACUUUCCAUCUUUCUUCUUCUGCUCUUUACAUCAAGCGGGACAACAAAUGCCUUUCCGUUUAGUAAAUCCUCUGGUGUGACGGAAUUGACGCCAGCCACAUUUAAUCAAUUUGUCAGUACUCAUAAACCGGUGUAUAUUCUCUUCUACGCCCCGUGGUGUGGACACUGCCGGAAAAUUCAUCCAGAGUGGGAGAAGUUUGCACAAGCCACACAAGGAACAAUUCGCGUUGGGGCCCUUAACGCUGAUGAACACUCACAAUUGGGACAACAAUUCGGUAUUCGUGGAUUCCCCACGAUUAAGUAUUGGAAUGUUGGUGAAAAGAAAAUUUACAAAGCCAGUGAGUAUGAUGGACCACGACAGGCCUCUGCUAUUCAAAACCGAGCUAUGAGUCUUAUUACCUCUGCUGGGAUAAAAACAAUAUUGAAUAGUGAUGCCCUGCGGGAGGCUGUUCGUGCUGCACCUGAAAAGAAGGUGGUGGUGCUCUUCUCCUCCAAGACGCGCAUUCCUCCCAUCUUUUCUGUUCUCUCGCACUCUCCGCGAUUGAAGUCUAUGCCGUUUUAUUUUGUUGGUGGUCAAGCCAAAUCAACAUUGGCAGCAGAGUUUGGAGUUCAUCAGCUUCCAACGAUUGCAGUACUCAAUGCCACAGAAGAGAAUAUCAACACGGUAGUGUACAAGGGAAAACAAAUUGCAUAUGAACCCAUCGCUAAAUUUUUACUUGCUUGUGCAACAAAUACAUUGGAUGAAUUGGAAACAGAGGGAACAGCAAGUGGAGGAGAGGAUAAUGAAGGAAAAAACAAUGAAAAGACAUCAAAUGUGAAUGAUAAUGGAAACAAUAACAACAAUAACAAUGGUGAUACUAACAGUAGGUUGGCGAUGCCGGUUCGACCUGUUCGUUUAACCACACAGUUGUUGGAGAACUUUUGUUCACCUAAAAUGCAUAGAAAUGGUGAAAAGGCUCCAUUAUGUGUGGUCUCACUCACCAAUGCGUUUAAGUUAGACAGUGUACAUGAACUCUUCCGCAAUGAGCCACUCCUCUUCUUUGAGGCUCACGAGGACCGUGAUGUACUUUUGACGGCCCUUCGUGAAUCUUUUGAACUUUCGGAUGUGGUGGAUAAACUAAAGAGUGAAAAUACUCAUAAUGUACUUCUCUUACGAGCACCAAAGCGAGAUACGAUUCGAUAUAAAGUACUUGAGGAUGUGAAGUCCUCUGAUGAUCUGAACACCUUUUUACAAAAGGCCAUGUCGGGUGAAUUGCAAUUAGAGAAAAAGACGGUAUCAUAA